CGAAAUGAAAGUCCAUCUGGUGCUUGUGGUUAUUUUUAUCGCCCAGUCGUCAGGUAAGCCUGUAAACGAAGUUACGAGCGCGAAAUACUAUCUGAUAUAACCUACCUACUACCUUGUAACUAAAACCUAAUUAAAGAAAUUAUAUAUAUGGACAUCAUAUCCACAGCUCUUACCUUGCGCAUUGCAUUUUAUAGUUCUUGGUAGCUUGCCGUAUUGUAACUAGAUUUACGUAAGACUUCAUUUAGCUCAUGGUGCUCGUUGUCAAAACUGGGCUGGAAGCACAUUACAUUCGUAGAAAACUCGCUCAGAAACAGUGUGGAUGAAUGACUUUCGGUAUCUACAAUCGUCUGAUGUCGUCUCCAGCCAAAGAAAUAUUUUAAUCCUAAACUGUAUUCGUUGCACGCCAGUGAUUUGCAACCGCGGAAGCACGAUAAGAAGCUGCACCAAAGGGUACAUAUUAAGUUAACCUUGUUGGAGGAUGGUCGUGUACAACUGUCACUUCGUUGUUUAAUGUUUUACGAAUAAUAAUCGUGUCCGCAGGUUCGAGUCAUUCAAUGUGUGGCUGACCCACUCUCUGAUGACACGUGUAGGGCUUUAACAUUAGCUUAUCUGUAUUCACUGAUUCCUGAUUAUGUGUUCGCUGAUGACACAAAAUUUCGCUAAGCUGCUGCAUUGCGGUUGUAAAAUUAGGUAAAAUUCCGGCCUGAAUUAAGACGAACAGUUAAAUUAAUCAGGGUUUGUGACCAAUUUGGUUGCAUCUAAGCAAAACAUUGACAAAAUGACAAUGAACGAAAUUAGAAUACGGAAUCAAAGGAAGAGAAAUGGGUGGAGAUACCGGAUACACAGUUGAAGCAUGCAUGUCAACGAGAGUGAGAAGGUCAAGCUAAAUAUCAGCUAAAAACAUUAAACUGCAUGGUCACUGAGAGCUUUGACAUUUAACAAUUAUUCCACGAGCGCACGUUGGAUAUGAGAUGGUAAAGAGCCAACGAAGCGCGUAGCGCCGAGUUGGCUAUAAUCAUCUCAUAUCCAACAAGCGCGAGUGGAAUAAUUGUUUUAUUAAUAACAUAUCUGUAGCUUAUGGUAUAUUAGCUCAUACACCAUGAUAGCUAAGCCAAUGAAAGAUGAAGCUGACCAAGAAGGUUAAGAUUUUUUGGAGAAGCUAUAAACAACACCAUAGUGACUUCUUGACUGUAUAAUCUGAUCGAAAACUAAUAAACGAAUGAAUAAAAUGAAUAACUUAUUUUUACAAAGAAAAACUUCACCUUGUGUUUUGAACCACUUAAUCUCAGAUCAAAAUCAUUUUGAAAAAGUAAAAUGGCUUCAUUCCAGCAAAUGUUGAGACUCCAAAUUUUGGUUUAGCCCUUGUUUUUGACAUGUAACCGUUUUAUAAUAUAGAAUUAAAUGCCUGUCAAAGACCUCAAUCAUUAGCGAAUACAAUUUUAAAUUGCUUUUAAGCAAAUUAGUAUAACUUAAGUGUCAAGUUCAUACAACUUUAAAUUGUUGUACGAACAUCAAAUUUACUUGUAAGUUAUCUUGUACAUAUACUUUUAUUUAAGGUCAGAUAAACUUCAUUCAAAUAUAUGAUGGCAAGGACGUUUUCGGAGUAGUUGGUUCAUCCAUUAACUUUACUUGGUACUUUUCAAAUGGUGUGGAAACCGUAACUUGGGGACUGAAGGAUUCUGUUAGUUCCACAGUUGAUUUGAAUAAGAAGCUCAUAUCUAUUGGACUUCAAGGACAAUUACCUUUGACACCCCCUCAAGCAUAUGUUGGACGAGUAAGU